UCGCGGUCUCCCUCAACGAACUUUCCCUUCUUCUCUGUCUGGGUCCACCGAACCGAACCGGACACACAACGCGGAUUUUUAUUAUAUUUCUAUAAAAAAAAUUCUCUUAGAUACUCCUCAUCCAUUUUAACUUGAGCAUCUCUCUGCGGGGAGGGGAGCUAGAAGGCAUUAAAUAAAUAAAAUUAAAAAAAAUCCUCCGGGUGUCUUCAGGAGGAGCGGGGUGCAGCAGAAGAGAUGCCUGACGGGUCGCUCGGUUCAGGGCAUCCCGAGCACCGGUCAUCACCCGCGGAGGAAGAUGCUGAGGUUUAGCGGCAGCUCGGUGGUCGCGGCGCUGCUCAUCGCGGUGGUCUUCGGCGCCUUUUUCUUCUGCGAGUACCUCAUCUACUUCCCGACCAUCCUCAAGUGCGCCUGGCCGAAGCUGAGCCAUGCCCGGGGGGGCGCAGAGGGCACCGGCGGGCGGCCGACGGAGCCGGCGGUCCGCGCCAUGGUGCUGUCCGACACGCACCUGCUCGGAGCCGUGGGGGGACACUGGUUCGACAAGCUGCGGAGGGAAUGGCAGAUGGAGAGGGCUUUCCAGACCGCCCUGUGGCUCCUCAAGCCCGAAAUAGUCUUUAUUCUCGGGGAUAUCUUCGACGAAGGCAAGUGGAGCUCCCAGAAGCACUGGGAGGACGACGUGCGCCGCUUCCACAGGAUGUUCAGGCACUCCACUGACACAGAACUGGUCGUACUGGUCGGCAACCACGACAUCGGUUUCCAUUAUGAGAUGGACUGGUUCAAGCUGCAGCGCUUCGAGAAGGUCUUCAACGCCUCCUCCACCAGGAUCGUGACCAAAAAGGGAGUCAACUUCCUGCUGGUGAACAGCGUGGCUCUGCACGGCGACGGCUGCCCCAUCUGCCAGUCGGUGGAGAAGGACCUGAUCAAGCUCUCCAGAGACCUCAACUGCUCGCUUCAGAAGUCGCAGCUUGGCGGCCAAGAGACGGAGGGCUGUGAGGGUUCGCAGACCUAUCCUCCCACCGCUCCCAUCAUGCUGCAGCAUUACCCGCUGUACAGAGUGAGCGACGCCAGCUGCACGGGGCAGGACGCGGCUCCGCCCGAAGAGCGACACCUGCUGUUCAGGGAGAAGUAUGACGUGCUGUCCAAGGAGGCCUCUCAGCGGCUGCUGCAGUGGUUUAAGCCCCGCCUCGUCCUCAGCGGACACACCCACAGCGGCUGUGAGGUUCUACACGACAAGCGGUACCCCGAGGUCAGCGUGCCGUCGUUCAGCUGGAGGAACAGGAACAACCCCAGCUUCAUCCUGCUGCAGCUCAGUCUGCCUGAACGGAGAUGGUCUGUGGACCUCAGCUUUCAUAGGUCUGCCACAGAUUCUCAGCCGGACGUAGGUCUGAACUUUGACUGGGCCAUUCUAACUGAUGACUUUGAUUCAAACCAUCCCAUUGUACCUCUGGCUGUAUGUUUAGGGUCGUCGUGCUGCUGGAAGGUGAACCUCUGCCCCCCCCGUCUCAAGUCUUUUCCAGACCCAUAUCGGCGUUUCUUCCAGGAUUAUUUAGCUUCAUCCAUCCUCCCAUCAACUCUGACCUGCUUCCCUGUCCCUGCUGAGGAACAGCUUCCCCACAGCAUGAUGCUGCCACCACCAUGUUUCACGGCGUCGGUGUCCCCCGGCGGUUACUCGCUCUCCAAAUGCUUCCUGCCGGAGGAGAGCACGGUGAUCGGGGUGUACUGCUCGGCCGGAGCCUGCCUGCUGCUGCUCCUCCUGGCCCACUGUCUGUGGAUGAAGGGGCUGCUGCAGCUCAGCCUCUGCCUGCUGGGGAAGCACAAGUCUCUGUGAACUGCGUUACCCAGAGUGCACCUUGCUGGUUUGUGGAGCUGCAUCCCCCCAUCCCUCCUUGAAUGGGCUCUCCACACACGGCCUCCGCUUAAAUGCAGAACUGAGCGAAGGACAUGAGUGUAAAUAUAUUCAAAAUGUGUAAAUCAGUGCUGGCAUUGAUGAUGAUGUUAAAUGAAGAUAUUUUCUGGACAGGUUGUCUUAAUAAUUACAAUAAAGCUGCUCAGACGUGUGAUUAGGUGGGUUCAGAGAAGAUGUGUAAAUAGUUCGCCGUGGUGGUGAGGUAAAGGUGCUUUCUGUGAAACACGCCAAUCGUUUCUUCUUCUUCUUCUUUUUAAACUCGAUGUCGGACCAUCCGUCACUGCUGCUCGUUGUUUUUAGGCUCUGCGUCAUCAGGAUGUAUUAGUUCAUGACUUUCUGUGCCAAAUUGUUGACAGUUUUCCGGGGAGAUGUUCCUAAUAAAGCGUUUUCUGGUGGAAAGAAAAUGAACUUA